UGAUGCAAGGGAUUCAAGUUCCAACAUAAGCCAACAAUACUCGUCAAGCGAAUUACUGUUAUCUUGAAUUUAGUCACUCAAGUUUCUAUUCAAAAUCAUGGCGAGCAAAGCUUCUCAAACAAUGAGUUUGAAGAUCCUUGUGGAGAAAGAGAAAAAUCGAGUUGUUUUUGUGGAGGCAAACAAGGAUUUUGUGGAUGUUCUAUUCAGCUUCCUUACAAUACCUCUUGGAACAAUUAUCAGACUCACCCGUGAGCACUUUUUGAAGGGGGAGAUUGGCUUUAAUGAGGUCCUUUUAUCAAGUGAGCACAAAGGGAUACUUCUUCGUCCGCGAUGUGCAACUGAUGUCUACUGUAGGAACCUAAAGGUAGAUUUGGUUGAAUGUGACGAAAGCAAGUAUUAUAUGUGCCGCGGUUCGUAUUGUAAUAUUGUGAGCUACUACCUAACUCAUUGCCAGUGUGGAGAAUCCUUAACAUACGAGGUAAAUCUGUUAGACCCAGUUCCUCAAGGUGGAAGUGGAUUUAUAAACCCAACUGUGCGCUUCAUGGUAACCGAUGACUUUCAAGUGUUGCCUAUGUCUACCACGGCUGGCUUGUCUCUGCUUAGCAAUUUUGGAGCAUUAGAUGGGAGCAAAAUCGAAGAGAGAAUGCUGAACGUAGGAAAGGAUGAGGUUCUGAAAUUGCUCAAGUGUUCAUUAGCGUCAAGGACACCUUUUUCUGACUCCAUAUUGGAACCUCCCUUCAGUAAGCCAAUGCCCAUGGUUAAUCAUGGACAAUAUGGACCGAGGAUGACAAAUCUAUCUCAAAGAGAUGCAGACACCCGAAACGAGGAUGAAAAGAUAAACUUGAAGCUUAUCAUAAACAGAUCGAACAAUAGGGCGCUGUACGCAGAAGUUGAAGAGAAUUUUGUUGAUCUCCUAUGCAGUUUCCUCUCAUUCCCAAUCGGUUACAUCUUUAAAGAAUUUCCAUAUUUGUCCUUCAAGGGAUGCAUGGGCAAUUUAUACAAGAGUGUCCAAGAUUUUGAUGUCAACAAGUUCUUCAAAUCAGAGGAGAUGAAGGCAAUUCUACUCAAUCCAAAACUAGCCCCUGGUACCUCUUAUGGCAACAAACUAAUUGGUAUUGAAAAAGCUGUAAACCUGUCACGUGAGACUCUUUCUUCCCUGGUCAAGAACGAAUGCCGUCGUAAAAUUUUAGAGUCCCCUCUGCAGGAAGUUAAAAUUGGUGGCGGACUAGUGAAAGGACCGUCUAUGUUCAUGGUGACGGAUAGUUUAUCAAUAGCACCUUUAUCUCCAAUCUCAGGCAUAUUUCUUAUCAACAGAUUAAAGGUACCUCUCAGCGACAUUCAGGAAUUGGAGGUGAAUAUGGGUAAGGAGGAGACUUUGCGUCUCUUGGUGGCUUCGUUGGUGUCAAGAUCUGCGUUGACUGAUGCUUUUGUGCGCAAGGGGGCGAAGCAAGAAACCUGAGGUAAAAUAGCGUUGUCUGAUUGUCUCUAUGCCAGCAGAGAGGAAGAAGCUCUGGUGUUUGCCUAUAAGCCUAUGUUCUAGUUCAACAAUGCAAACUUGCUUUAUUAGCAUUGAUAUUCUAUAUCCGCAGCUGAUGUAAGACCUAUUGGUAUUCUUUCCUUUCCUUUUUUGUGGUUUUGUGAGACCCUUUUGUGGUUUUGUCUAGUAAUUUGGAGAGACUACUGUGGCAAUGGUAUUAUCGUAUGGUCUGAAUAU